AUGUCUCUGCCGGUGGUGCUGCCGGGCUCUUGCUGCCCCGCGGCUGGGCUGUCGGCGGUGCCCGAGGCAGCCAGACCUGCCGCCGCCCAGCCGUUGCCGCCGCCGCCUCCUCCUCUCCGGCCCCGCUGCGGCCUGCGGCGGCCGCGGCCUCGCCCGGCUGCUCUCUCGGCUGUGGUCUCCCGCCGGGCCGCGUCGCCGGUCACCGCGGGGCCGGGGCUGCUCCUGGCCCGGCCGCUGCUGUCGCUGGGGCUGCUGCAGCUGAGCCUGGGCUGCUGCCUGGUGGCCCUCAGUUUCGGAGCGCGGUCGCUCAGCGGCUCCGCGCAGGUGAAGAACGCCUCCCCCUUCUGGGCCGGCUCGUCGGUGAUUUUAUCAGGGAUUAUAGGAUUAACAACAUGGAAGAGACCAAUGAUACUUUUGGUUAAUUUAUUUGUUUUGCUUUCUGUUAUAUGUGUUCUCUUGAAUCUGGCCGGAUUUAUCCUUGGAUGUCAAGGUGCUCAGUUUGUAUCCAGUGUACCUAGAUGCACUCUGGCUGAUGUGGGUGAAAGUAAGUUUUGUUUCUGCUGUGAAGAAUUUCUGCCAGUAAAAUGCACAGAGAAAGAAAAUGCACUGAAGCUGUAUCCUGUCCAGUCAUGCAGUGCUGUUCACCUUCUCCUCAAGAAAGUUCUCUUUGCUCUCUGUGCUCUAAAUGCAUUGACCACAACCGUGUGUUUAGUAGCAGCUGCCCUUCGUUAUCUGCAGAUAUUUGCAAGAAGAACCAGCUCAGAAGAAUCCCAAGUUUAUGUGGAAGAAGUUGAAGAACAAAGCCACAUUUCUGAUCCUGAGGGUUUUGUGCCACCUGUACCACCUCCAUCAUAUUUUGCUACAUUUUACUCCAGUACUCCUAGGACAAAUCACAGGAUGUUGGGUUCAGAUGUCAUUCCACUACCAUGUAUUUAUGGAGCUAGAAUGAAAGGAGUCGAGGUUUUCUGCCCCCUCGAUCCCCCACCUCCUUAUGAAGCUGUGGUGAGCCAGAUCAGUCAUGAGCAGGAAGGCACAUUUCAAAUAACAGAAACAGUUAGUGGUCCAUCAAGGCAAAAUGAUACACAAGUACCCCAAGAUGAAGAUGUCGGUUCUAGAGAGACCACCAUACAUCCAAAUUUGAGUUUAAGAUCUGCAGAAACCUGCAAGAGACCCCUCAAGCCUCUUAGAAAACGAUCAAAAAGUGACCCUAUGAUGCAUGGCUUUCCAUCCAGAGGUCCAGUGCUAAGCUGUGAAGCUGCCACACAAACAGAACUAAAGCCAGACCUGGCUACUGUUGUUUUGCGAAAGAGUCUGAGAGCAAAGGCUUUGCGUUCGAGGCCUCAAUCUUUGAUAGACUACAAAUCUUACAUAGACACUAAGCUGCUUGUGGCAAAGUUCCUCAAACAAUCUUCCUGCAGCAUGACCCCUGAUAUACAUGAGCUAGUGGAAGACAUAAAGUCAGUUUUAAAGUCAGACGAAGAGCAUAUGGAGGAAGCCAUCACCAGUGCCAGCUUCCUUGAACAGGUAAUGACACCUGCUUAUCCCUCUACAUCACGAGCACAUACUUUGCCUUUUAGAAGGCACCCAGGACUCCUGCACUUGGAGAGCUGCGGGGAUGUGAGUACUUUCACUGUAGCAGAAUUCCAACUGAGAGAGUGGAGAACUCCAAGGACAGAGCAUGAACGGCCUCAUAGUCUCAUUGGAGUUGUACAGGAAACAGUGCUCUGAGCUUCUAUACGUGAUCCUUCCUGUUGGAUGAGAUGGACAGA